UGAUGGGAAACCAGAUUCAAAAAAUCAAUCGUAAAAUCGAUGAGUUAUUGUUUAAAGCUUAUGAUUAUUUAAUAAAGGAUGAGGAAUUAUCAGACAAAACUGUAGAUGUAUUAUCGAAUGAUGAAAAUAUCAAUGAUAACUUUGAUGUAACAUAGUAAUAAAAGGAAAGUUAAAUUGAAGAUCAAUCAUAAAGUUUGAAUCUUUAUAAGAAUAAAUCUAAACUUAUAAAUAAAUCAACAGAAGUUGAACCUAAUUUGGGUAGUAAAAGAAAAUCAAAAUCAUAAUUGCUUUCUGAUAGAAAGAGCAAUAAGAAAAUAUGUGAAAAUAAAGAAAACUACAAUUAUAUAUGA